CAGGAAAGUACAGUCGCUUGCUCGAGUUCAAACAUUCCACGAUUCGUCUUUUGUCGUCUCUACCCUCUCGCUUCGUGUUUGACGUCGGUCCGCAUCCCGACGAACGUCCGAAUUGUGAUCAUCGACAAUCUCCUUUUAAAAGCGGGCAAAACCCUCCCUGUAGAAACCGCUGAAUUCGAUGGCGAUUCUAUCCAACCGUUGAGAUCACGAGACAUUCAUCGGUUCAUCUCCUCAUCACGUAUCUCAGCCGUUGCCUCGAUCAAGGCUUUCAGAUCUCUUUUCUUGCCUCUUAGCUGCGAUCAAAAUCCAGAUUUCAGUGGUUUCUCAACGGCAACGCUCCUGAAAUUCUAGAUCUCUGUUUCUUUGAGAAGCUCCGGCGAUGAUGAAACUGAUCAGACUCUUCUCUUCUCUGCCAUUGCUGCUUCUUCUAUCUGCAGAUCUUACCACAUCUGCAAGCGCGCCUGCUCCAGCUCCUGGGCCUAUAUAUCAUUCGGCGGUAUCUCCUCCAGAGUCUCCUGGGCCUAUAUAUCAUCCGGCGGUAUCUCCUCCAGAGUCUCCGGCUCAUGGAUCUCCUCGUCUGCCCCCGUCGCCUGUGCCGGAACCUGCCUCGCCGGCGAAUGUUCCUCCUCGUCUGCCCCCGUCGCCUGUGCCGGAGCCUCCCUCGCCGGCGAAUGUUCCUCCUCCCCCGCCCCCGUCGCCCGGCAGCAGUGGCAACAGCAACGCGAGAGACGGAGGCGGCGGAAUGACGGCCGGACAGAAGGCAGGGGUCGCGAUCGGAGUUAUCGCCGCUGCAGGGGUCGUUGGAUUAGGAGGGUUUGUAUAUAAGAAGCGGCGCGCGAAUAUCCGGCGGUCUCGGUACGGAUAUGCAGCGAGGCGGCCCCAACUCUGAGCGUUUUUGGAUUUUUUUGUGUUCUUGAAGGCGGGAAUUUGAAGUUGCAGACCGGUUUGAUUUUAAUUUUAAAUUAUUAUUUUUUUUCUUAUGUGUUUCCGUAAGGGCCAAUUCAGAGCUGGGGCCACCAUGGGCUAGGUCAUGGAUCAAAUGGAAAAUAAGGGGGUGUUUGGCUGGA